AAAAAUGGCGCCCAGCUCGAAAUCGGAAAAAGAAGACAACGGCAACAAACAAAAACAGCAGCGAAAACACAAAGCCCACAUCGUCAAACUCCUCACUCGCGCAAAGGUGUCCGGCCAGCUGUCUCAGAGGCUGUUUCGCAAGCUGCCGCCCCGAGUGUGUGUCCCCUUAAAGACUAUAGUGAGCGAGGAGUUCCUCCGGGCAGGUCACAUCUUCUUGGGCUUCACAAAGUGCGGGCGCUACGUUUUGUCCUACACGAGCGAUUGUGGUGAGGAUGAUGAUUUCUCCUUCUACACCUACCAUCUGUACUGGUGGGAGUUCAACCUGCACAGUCGCCUCAAACAGGUGCAUCAUGUGCGCUUGUUUGCAGGUGAAGACAUCUACAGUGAGCUGUACCUGACCGUCUGCGAGUGGCACAAUGAUCACUCCAAGAUCGUCAUCUUUGGCUUCAAUACUCGCAGCAGCACGGCUCUGAUGAACAUGAUGAUGAGUGAUGAGAAUAACAGAGACAUUUACAUCACUAUCGCCUCCAUGCCUCCUGCACAGCGGUGCCAACAGUGCUGCCCUCUGCCCACUCCGUCCACUAUACGCACAGGAGGGGAGUGUCUGGAGCACGGCUACGUCCUGAACGCUCGUUAUCAGGUGGUUUAUCCGUUCCCUACCUUCCAGCCAGCUCUGCAGCUGAAGAAGGACCAGGUCAUCUUCCUCAACACCAGCUACUCACUGGUGGCCUGCGCCAUCUCGCUCUGCCCUGGUGGAGAGCAGCAGCAGGAUGGGCUUAACCAAAUCCUGUACCGAAAGAGAGACACUUCUGCUUCCUCCUCUCAUCAUCCUCCCAGCCCAUCCACCACCACCACCUCCUCCUCCUCCUCCUCCUGCUCCUCAUCUCAUGGGUCACCUGACCGCAGACCGACCAAUCCCCACACGACGCUGCUCUCUCCCAGCCGAUCCCAGGCCGCCGUGCGAGCGCGCGAGUUCGCGGCUGAUAUUUUCCGGCGUGCUCAGGCAGGGACGGACGGAGACGGCGAGCGGCAAAGGAAGGAUGGCGAGUCCUCCAGAGAGGUGAAAAUCUCACGCACUUCCGCCACAGACUCCGAACGAAGGAGAGCAGAAGAAAGAAGGGAAGACACAGAGGGGCCGUCCACUUCGCACGGAAAAGAAAGUGCCUCGUCGUCCUCGUCAUCCACUGAGCCGGAGGACAGCGUCUCGUGUAGUACAGUCAUGUCCCCAGCAUCCACGUCCUCUUCGUGCUCACUUUCACCGCACGCCGCGUCGACAUCAGAGCCAGGAUACGUGAACUAUACGCGACUCCGAUACAGGCUGCAACAGCCCGGGACGACAGAGCAGGACACCGGAGAAGAGGAGGAUAAAGUUCAGCUGCCGUUCACCGUCUCGGACCUGAAGGGACGAAACCUGCAGCUGGUGACUGGACAGUACGCAGGACCGUGCGUGUGCGUGGAGCAGCUGACUCUGGAUUUUGAGUAUCUGAUUAACGAGGUGAUCAGAAACGAUGCCGAGUGGGCCUCCCAGUUCUGCUCCUUCAGUGACUAUGACGUCAUAAUCCUUGAGGUUUGCCCAGAGACAAAUAUAGUAGUGAUAAACAUCGGACUUCUGCUUCUGGCCUUCUCCAACUGUGAGGAGGAGCACAGCAGGCCGAAGUCGUAUCACUCCAGUCUGCAGGUCAGCUGGGAUCUGAACACAGGUGCCUGCUGCACUGUCGGUGUCGGUGACCUCACCGAGGUCAAAGGUCAAACCAGUGGGAGUGUGUGGAGUUCUUACAGGAAGUCGUGUGUAAACACCGUCAUGAGGUGGCUCGUCCCCGAGAGCAGCUCACGCUACAUCAACCGCAUGACCAAUGAAGCCCUGCACAAAGGUACUUCUCUUCAAGUACUCGCUGACAGUGACCGAGCCACGUGGAUCGUCCUGUAAUGAAGACACCGUCUCUCUCUCUCUCACACACACACACACACACACAGCGGUUUAUUCUCUCUCGUUCCACACUUUGUAUUCAGAAGUUUAGAUGUGGAGCGAAAGCCUUGACUGAGUCCAGUGAGCCAGACAUGCUGCUGCACUGAGCAUUUUCAGACUCCACUGGGAUGAACAAAGCGUUUCCUAAUGCACCAGGUGGUGUUUUUUUUUUGUUUUUUAAAUUGUUGAGUAUGUGAUCGAUCUGUUUGUAUGCACGGUUCAACUAACUUCUUUCCUAGUGUCAGUAUCGAUCAGGGACGAGUUUAUCUCCGACCCUCUGCCAUGAGGUGCAUCUCUUUCCUUCUAUCCAGAUCUAACACGUUCUGACGUUGGUGCUUUAACCCGGAUCGGUGUCUUUGGGUUUUGGUCAGUUUAGCCGCGAGUGACCACGCGUUCGGCCAAAUCCGACCUCAGGACGUUCAUUUCAGACGAAUCGUAAACGCUGAAACUGGCCUCGGAUUUACACGAUUCGAGCUUAAAGUGCCAUUCCACCAUUGGAUGUAUUCUUUGGCAUAAAAUACAAUAUAUUUUAUGACAACAUGACUAGACAGAGAAAUCUUUUAGCUUCAAAAUGAUAUAUCAAACAUCAUUUUUUGACGACAAGUAUAUUAAUUUUGCGACCAAAGUCACCUACCCUUUUAAUUUCCGCGCGGUAGUGAAACGUGAUGUCAUCGGCAGGUUCCCCUUCUUGUGUACCACGUGUCGGUCUAAAGUGAGAGAGUCAUUUCUGCUCGUAUAUGGGGGCCAAAAAAAUUGCGAAAAAUUUUGAGUUAAUCUUUCAGUUAGCUAGAUUUAUUGGUAUUAUUUUUAUCGCGUUCUAUCCGCCAUUGCUGAUAAUAUGUGCCACGUCACACGGUACACAAGAAAGGGAACCUGCCGAUGACAUCACGCGCGGAAAUUAAAAGGGUAGGUGACUUUGGUCGCAAAAUUAAUAUACUUGUCGUCAAAAAAUUAUGUUAGAGAAAUCUUUUAGCUUCAAAAUGAUAUAUCAAUCUAGUGAUACCAUUUAUAUAUGUUGUCAAAAUAUAUUGUAUUUUAUGCCAAAGAAUACAUCCAAUGGUGGAAUGGCACUUUAACGAACACAAAGCUUUAGUCAGACGUGCUUCUAACUUUUGUAAAGUUGUUUUCCUCAUCUCUCUCACGCACACAAAGUGGUGUUCUCAGCAUUUUAUUAUUUUUUUUAAUUUUUAUCUAUUAACACAAUUUGUUGUCUAGUCUAGACCAGUAGUUUGCUGUAAAACGAGCAGCGUGUUGGUAAAAUCCUCCAUCCAUUCCAGAUCUGCACUUUUUUUAUUUAAUUUUUUUAAAUUCCUCUGCUGGGGUAUUCAUCAAUCCCAUCAACAAGUUCAUUCAUUUUAGUAGAUAAAACACUAACGUGUGAACGUCUUCACACACUUUGUUUUGAUCUCUGAAAACCUGUAAACAUAUUUCAGGCAAAUGGACUUGGACAUUGCAGGAUUGCUUGUGUGUGACGUCCUCUGAAAAGUUUUUUUUUGUGGUCCGUGAACUCUUGUAGAAGCUGCUGCAGGCUAUACUGUGUGUGUGUGUGUGUGGGGGGGGUACGGCGUUUUCACAGUGAAAUAUAUUGCAACUUUUGUUCAUUUAAAACGUGCAGAAACUUCAUGCGUAACAUUACGUUGAUUUGUUGUCUUUUUUUUUUUUAAUAAUUUUAUUUCUAUGUUGAACCUCUACAGCAUAUGAACAAUACUUGAUAUUGUCUUUACUUGAUUAUUUUUUAAUAAAAACAAAUUCUAAAAGGUUUAA